CGUUUCGUUUGAGUCAGGCAUCAUGAUGCUUGGAGUGCCAGCGGAAGUGUAUAUGUAUGGCAUGCAGUGGUAUAUGUUUAUAAUCGGGAAAAGUAUUGCUGACGUAUUGAAUUGUUACUUACUGAUACCGUCAUUGAAAAGUCUCAACGUGAACAGCUUAUACGAGUACCUAGAGCUGCGAUUUCACUCUAGAGUGGUCAGGCUUUUUGGAACUAUUUUGACGCUGUUUUUCUACGUGAACUACCUUGGAACCGUUCUGUUUGUACCUACAAUCACAAUCCAAGCUAUUACCGAUAUUCCAGUAUGGAUUUCUGUAGUGGUGCUGAUGGCAGUAGUUGUCAUUUACACGCUGCUUGGUGGGUUUCAAGCAGUUGUUUGGUCAGACGUCAUUCAAGCAAUUUCCAUGACAGCUGGUAUGGUAACCAUUAUUAUCAAGGGAACGAUGGACUCAGGAGGCAUUGGUUCCACAUGGAAAACCAUUACGGACAAGGGACGGAUGAAUCUGUUUAUAUUUGAUCCGGAUCCCACUCUACGUCAGUCCUUUUGGAGUCUGAUGUUAGGAGGUAUAUUUAGCGGAUUCGGAAUGACCCUAAGUCAAAUCAGUUUUCAACGUAUCAAAGCUACACCAACGGUAAAAUCAGCGCAAAGAAUGCAGUUAAUAGCGACAUGUGGAUCCAUCAUUUUCAAUCUGCUAGCAGUGAUGCAAGGAGCAGUGAUGUUUGCAUAUUUUGACAGGAAGGGAUGUGACCCAUUGGUCUCAAAGAAAGUGACAAACCCAAACCAGCUGAUUGCGGUGCUAGCAUCGGGCAUAUUCAAGAAUAUUCCUUGUCUAACUGGACUUUUUCUGUCGGCAGUAUUCAGUGCAUCUUUAAGCACAAUGUCAUCUGUGCUAGGCAGUGCGUCGUCAAUAUUUCUGGAAGAUAUUAUUAAACCCCACACAAAACCCAUGUCACAGAGACGGGAAAUACUUAUAGCACAAAUAUCAGUGUUAGGCUUCGGAACAGUUGCGGUUGUCAUUGCCUUGUGCGUUAGCGGCAUGCAUGGUCCUGUCACACAGAUAUUGACUACCAGCAGUUCCUGCUUGAUCGGAGCUGUGACUGGUAUAAUCCUUCUUGGAUGGUACGUCCCAUCUGCAAACACAUUGGGUGCGGUAGUUGGCGGAUCUGUAAGCGUUCUCUUCGUCGGAUGGAUAUCAUUCGGAAAGAUGAUGUCUGAUGAUGUGAGCUCGAGUCAGUUGCUGGAACCUGCCUCCACCGAACGAUGUACAUUCAUGAACGUAUCGUCGAACAGUGUUUCGAACAUCACUUUGAAUGGUGUUAUUUCAAUUUCCUCUCGCAAAAAUAAUGUCACGCUACCAUUUGCUGGAGAUUCACAAGAAAAACAUGGUGUGGACUUGCUGUACUCUUUGUCGUAUCAAUGGCUGGGAAUGGUUGGGAUUGUCUUGGUGCUUAGCAUCGGCGCCCUUGCCAGCAGGGUACAAGGCUCUGUUCCAGCUGAUGAGAAUUUGACAGUAUCCUUAGCUGGUUCUCUCUGCCGAUGCAGCAACAGUCCGAUGAUAGUUUCACAUCAGCUUGUAAACAAAGAUCCAUUUGUUGACAUCAGACGGGAUGACGACGAUCUUGUUACUAAGGACGAAGACGCACCACUGGUUAUGAAUAUGAAGCCCGUAGGCGACACGGGCCAAGUGCCUUUGUAAUAUGAUAGAACAUUUAUGUUUGUACAAUAAUGUAGUAAUUGAAAGAGUUCGUUUUGUAUGUUUUAUCAAUGUAAGUUGAUCUGCCAUAUCUUGAUAAUACCUCGUUACAAAGUAACAUGUAAAAAUGUCCGUCACUUGUAGUUCAAAACUUGUACAACAUUCACAAUUAUGGAAGUCAUUUGAAACAUUAAUCAAUCUCUAAUCAGUGGUUCUGCAUAUUAAAAUUGACUUUGUCAUGUAAGACCUGACUCCUGAGCAAUUUUGUACAAAGAGAGAAAAUCCAAAAGUAAGAAAAUAUAUCACACCUGGUAUGUCUUUCAUUGCCCUGUUUCUGAUCUUUGUCUUGUAUGCCAUCACCCCUGUAACCCUUGCGUGUUCCAUACUGUCACAUAUUCUCGAUUGAGAGGCUCCACACAAAUACCCAAGUCGUCUUUCUGGACUUCUCGCGGAGUUCUCUCCCCCGAUUACAAAAUUAAUAAAAGUACUCAAACAUCAUUAUAUUCUGUAGUCCCUCUGGAGUGUCAACAUGCAAAAUGCAACGGAUUCAUACAGUUUAUCAAUAUCUUCAUGAACGAUAACUUUCUUGGAUUAAGUCUCACCCAGACUGGAUUUUUGAGCUGCACCAAACAUUUCACCGGAAGUGUUGUAUGUAUCGUCAUUGAUGAUAUCUUCAUUUUUAGAUUGAAAAAGCGUAUCUAAUGAUCAGUAUUGAUUUCCUAAUAUAUUUAGCCCCAUCCACUUUUUUAUGCAAUUUGCGAAGAAACACGUUCACUUCCUCUGUGCUUGCUUAGCCCAAAUCGUCGAUACUUCCGGCAUUCCAUUCUGUUAAAUAACUUAAUUUCACUUAGUCUUAACAACAGCUAUUGUAUUUAAUCCAAAACGUGCUGUAAUACCUCACUAGUAAGAUAAUUAAAACGACAU